AUGGCUAAAGUCCUCAGUGCUGCCCCAGUGGUGCCCCUCCACUCGAUACUCAAAGAUGAUAAUGAACGACCAUCCUCGUCAUCUCGCAAAAAAUCUUUGCAUUCAAACGAUAGAGUGAUCCAAGCCCUUUCUUUUGAAACAGCAGGAAUCGCCCCUGUCACCGAAAAGUACAGGAAUUUCAUCAACAAUAGCCGUCAGCGAGACAUCGAUUCCUACCAUCGAAUGUCCAACCCUUACUACAUGUCCCCUUCUUUCAACAAACCAUUCCUCAAUUACGAUUUCAAGACCCCUGGUUUUUUGAGAUUGGCGAGCUCCAAUACCAUUCUUGUGUUGUUGAAAAUUCGUACCCCUGUCCAUCAUCGUCUUCAUCGCCCUCACCAUCAUCAGCAAUAUGAUGAUGACCAUGAUGGACCACCAAUCGACGAACUAGGCUUACAAAUGUUGGCCUACGCGUUGAAGUCUCUUACUAGAGAUCAUGAUUUAGUACACGUCUUAUCAAUUAUCCAACGUCAUGAUAUCGCAUUCCGUGAUCAAGGAUACUAUGUCACGGAAACAGAAGUUACAAAAUAUAAACACCUUUUCGAUACCGAGGUGAUUCCACUUGUGAAGUCCAAAGUGUUGUCGCAGUUUCAAACCAUUGGAGAGGAGAGUAAACAAUUCAACUUAUCGAUGAAUUUGGUAUUCGAUCCCAAUGUGUUGUUGACCAUCGAAAGCACUAUUAUUGAAUAUACUCCAAAUAUUGUGAUUUUUUCCCAUCAUGAGGACUCAGAAUUGGACCACUCUGCGAGAAAAUCUAGGAAAUCAAAAUUCUUAUCAUUGCUCUCCGGGGGUGGCAGUCCCGUCACCAGUUACUGCAUCAAUAAAUUGAGUUUGCCAGUUAUCGUGUUCACCAAUAAUGCGAUAGAACAUCAUCGGUUUUCCACCUCUACUGACGAAUCCUCAAGAUCCUCAGCAUCAAGAAGUAUUGCCUCAUCAUAUCCAUCAACCUCAUUAUCAUCCCCGACAGAGUCGACUGGCACUCCUUCUUCUGCUUCUCAAUCAAUUGCCCCCGAUUAUUAUUCCAAUUUACUCAAAUCCACCCCAGUUUCUGUAGAGAGACAAACGCUUCGGUCCUCAUCCACCUCGAGAUCUUCCUCAAAGGCGAGAUCCGAUCGAUUGGGGUCUCGUAGCCCUUCGUUGCUCCGACACAGUCGACCAAAAAGCCCUGCUCCAUCAUCAUACAAGAAUCCAGAUAGUGCUGAUAGGUUGUCAUUGUUAUCCCCAACGAGGUCUAACAAACGGUCGGUAUCUCCAGCGCCAACUGAUUUCCCUGGAGUUAACUUAUCACCAAUGAGAAGUCUUGAUGCCAGAUUGAGUUUAAGUCCGUUCAGAUCCAACGAUUCUAGUGAAAAAAGUAGUUUUAAAAAUACGUUGGUACCGUAUAGGAGUGCUGAUGCUGCGCUUUUAGUGGAUAACGCCAAUAAAAGUAAAACAGGAGGAGGAAGAUUAAGAGGAGUCAAAGAGGAGUCAGAAGAAGGGAUGAUUAGAGAGAAAUUAAAGAAAAGUUUCCCGUCAUUUUCAAGAUUGAAGAAAUGGAAGCAAUAG